AUGGCAAGCUCCACCUCCCUCCUUCCCCUUCUCGUCUCCGCCCCUGCCUGUCGCCACCGCUUCCACACGUCCACGUCUGCAUCCCCCCGCCACCUGCGCCCCUCCCAUGCUCCUCGCCUCCUCCGCGCUGCCCGGCGUCGACACUCCGACGCCGUCGUUGUCGUCCCAGAUGCCCGCCCCUGGGUCGGCGAUCUCUCGGGCGCCGCCGCGUCCUACCGGGACGGAAGCGAGGAGGACGAAGACGACGCAGAUGAAGAGGAGGACGAAGACGAGGACCGCAGCCUGGACCUACUGGCCCGGUUCCUGCACUCCGUGUUCAGGAAGGCCUCCCGCCGCGCGCGCCGCGCUGCCAGUUCAUCAGGUAAGGUACCAGAGGGUCGUCUUCUACUGUUGUACAGUACGACGCCGCGGCACCGUCGCGCCACCACCCGACACCGGACUGGAGAAGCAGAGGAGCAGUUUCGCCGGCUCACGCGCGCCGCAGUACUAGAGGAGCAGCUUCGCCGGCGCAGGCCACUCGCCCAGGACGCGUCCCGAGGGGCGCCGCUCGUCGUAGCCACUCCGGCUCGGCCGGAUCUGGGUGGCCGCCUAGCUAUCGGCCUCCACCGUGGGCGCGGCACUCCACGGUCGCCGGCCAGCCCCCAGCCGCCGCAACGCAGCCACGCAGGCUGCCGCUGGGAGCAAGCUGCGGGCGCGGGCGCCGCCGCCACGCAGGACGCCGCUGGCGAGCAGGCCGCAGGUGCGGGCCACGCUGCCCUGCAGGACGCGGGCGAGGGCGCCGCCGCCGCGCCGCCCGCCGCUGGCACCACGCCAAGCUCCCCACAUCCCCUUUCCCCUCCUCUCCACAUCCCCUGCUCAUCGCGCCGGUGGCCUACUUGUGGUGGCGCCGGUGGUCUGAGCAGCUGUGCCGGCGGUCGAUGUAGAUAUCCUCAGUGCUCGACAUCGUGCCCGCGGCCAGUAUUGAGGGUGUCGCUCGCGGACGCCGAUGCGUCGCGGGUGGCACCGUGGACGCCGGGGCUUGGUUUGGACGGGAACAAGGUCAAGCCUUGGGCUGGUGUGGCUGUGGCGCAUGGCCAUGACGUGGGUGACGGACACAUCAGUGGCGACUGGGGCGAUGUGAAGAGUUCGCCGGCAAAGGUGCCUACUCAUGGUGGCACAGCGGAGGUGCUCAAUGAAAUGGCAAUGGGGGUGAGGAACAAGAAGCAGUGGUGGUAA